AUGGCCAACCUCCUCCACGUGGCGCAUGGCUCUUUCAUGACCUUGUCCGCCUAUGCCGCCCCCCGCUGCGGCUCGAGGGAAGCGCUCGCAUCGAUGUAUGCGGAUCUGGGUGGGCAGAAACACAGCGAUCCCGGCACAUUCCGCUCACGACUGGCGUGGUGGACGGGCACCAUCGCCGCGGCGUGCUGGGAUCGCGUGUUGCCACACGCCCUGUGCUGGCCGGUCGACGCCGAUACGCCGACACAGUGGGCGGACGCUGACAUAGGGCGGCCCCUGUGUCUCUCUGUGGUCAUUCGCGAGCAGGAGCGCCACGGCCGCUACGUGCGCCUGUCAGCCUACCUGGAUCGCACAUGGACCGCGUGGUGGGCCCGGCAGUGGCGCUGGCGCUCCGCGCGCGACGACGACGACGACGAAGCGCUGUGGUCCCAUGUGCACGGCGAGUGGGUCGUGUGCGAGAAUGUCGAGCGCGCAGCGCGCCUCGCCACCGCUCGCGACUGGUCCGCCCUAGAGCGCAUCAUGUCGCGCGCGGAUGCCAAGGCCUACCUUGCCAGCCUGCACGACGGCAGCCGGCCCCUCGCCCUCAGCGACAAGGACACCGACAUCCUGCUCACGCACCUCGUGCACGACGCACGCGCGAUCCAGCACGAUGGCGACGUAUACAAGUGGGGCACAGCACGCGUGACCGAGCAGGACCGCGGCAUCCUAGCCGUCAAGGGCCUGCACGCCCAACUCGAGCGCCAAGUCGACGCUUGGCAAGCGCGGAUGGAGCGCGCGCAGGCCACCGUCCGCCGCGCCCUCCAAGCCAAGGAGCGCGAAGCUGUCACGCUAUCGUACCUACGCACCCAAAAGCAGCUCGAAAGCAUGGUGGACAAGCGCGUGCUGGCCCUGGAAAAGGUGCACACGCUGCUCCUCAGCAUGGACCAGGCCGUCGGCGACGCGCAACUCAUGCAAGCGUACACGGCGUCGGAAAAGACGCUGCGCUCCCUCCUCGACGACCCAUCGCUUCAGCCGGACCACAUCGACCGCACGAUGGACGCGAUCGCAGAGGCCGUGCACGAUCAGAACGCGGUCACCGACGCCCUGUCCAGCGCCCCCGACGACGAGCUCGCCGACGAGCUCGCCCAACUCGAGCUCGACACCCUCCCCAGCCCCCCUGCCACCCAGCCCGAAGCCACGUCCCCUGAAACAACGUCUUUGUCUAUGAAAACAACGCAUGAUACACAAAAACAAGCAGUGCCUGCAUAA